ACAUCAGGUCGCCAACUUCUACCUCUAUCAGCAGACUGAAUAAUUCCAGGCACAGAUUGUGCAGGCGCACGCCAACAUUUGCUGUUUAACAGCACUUAUUUGGCUUGAAAGGCAGGCAUCCAUCAGUGCAAUGCAGACAUCUUAAAAAAGCUUCAGUCAAGCUGUCUCCACGACGUCAGAUGAGGAGGACUCCAUUGUUGGCAACACCUCCACCAUUGAGUCGCCUAGCAACAAGAAUAAUCAAACAAAGACCAGCCAAUCCAUGGAGACUGGGAGUGACCUUGAAAGUGUUCCCAUAUCAGCCGAAUCCAUGGCCGAGAUCUUGAUGGCCUCUGUUGUUUCUUCGACGUCAAGCAUUGUUAAAACGGACGCUCAAGCUCGACCAAUUCCGUCUAAAAUUCGUAAACAGGAAGUGAAGGUUUCUUCAGCCGUUUCCAGUAGUGUCCCAGUAUCUGUUGUGUCUAACUCUGGGAUAUCACAACUGGCCACUCAGCCUGCGCAGGCAGUUCAGUCCAGCCCCCAGAUGAUAGUAGUCCUCAUGCAGCUCCCUAAUGGCCAGACUAUUCCCGUGCAGAUACCCGUGUCCAACAUUGCCUCUUCCCAACCACUGCAGAACCUCACCGCCCAGUCGCAGAAUACGCCAAUGAUUCUGCACCAGUUCAAUCCAGUGAUGGCUGCUACAGCAUCUAACAUCAGUCCACAGAUUGUAACCAAUGGAAACACACAAGCUGCAAAAUUUCCAAUUUUACCGAAUGCCGGUAUGUCAUCAACGUCCAACGGUGGCAGUGUGUUCAUCACUUUACCAACCACUCCCACUGUUGCAGCUAGCCCCGUAGGCUUUAGUCUGCAACAUUGUCACACUGGGGGGCAGAUCUUACCAAAUCUGGGAUCCCAGCAUCAAGUUAUGGUCCUCCCCACCAGCUCGGUGGUUUCGUCCAUGCAGAACAUGGCCCCUGUGGCGCCUGUCAGCUCUACCUAUCAGACUGCGGGGUUCUCUGGGACAACAUUCUCAGGCAGCCAGUCAUACACUAAAGAGGUUACUGUUGGCGCAACUUUCCGGCUGGACAACACAAAGGAAGAAAAUAAGACCUGUUCUGCAUUCUUAAACAAGAUGUCCUCCUUUGACUACGAGGAGAAGCUGGAGCAUGAACAUCAGGCGUUGAAGAGGCAGCUGAGUCAGCUGGAGGACGAUGAUAAAGAGUCCAGGCUCCAGAAGGUCAGCAGCUCUGAGUCUGAUAGUUCUGGAGAUAGCCGUAGUCGCAGUAAAACCAGGAAGCAAUUUAUUGAUAGCCAUGACCACCACAAAAUGCACAAGAAGAAGUCAAAGAAGAAGCACAGCCGGGCUGAUUCCCUGUCAAGCAUCGACCGAUCCUCGGAACCAGAACAAAAAAGACGCGAACAUCUGAGCCCUUUGAAAUUCAAGAAUAAAAAUCCCCUAGUGAGUGAUGCCAUUCAGGGAUUUCACUGGGAUGAUGAAUCAGAUGCCACUCCACAACCAAAAAAAACAAAACUGACCAUUCCGUCAAGGUCGCCUUCCCUGGGUACCAAAGUGCCAACCUUGCCCCCAAGAAUUAGGUCAACCACUUCAUGGUCAUUGUCCAGUGGUGAAGGGCGCAGGGGUGAAAAAAUUAAGGCCAAGAGCUUAGUGUCUCCCGUGAAAAAGAAAGAAGUUGGAAGAAGAGCAUCGCCAGAGUUUGAGAGGGAAUCCAGAUUUGAAAAGGCCAGAGGGUCCCAACGACAGACAAAGUCAAGGUCGCCCAGUUUUGAAAAGUCGUCAUUUUCUCCAGAUGAUAAAAAGGCCAGGAAAGCAGAACAAAAGAAGAAGAAGAAAGAAGCCGAAACUCUUGAUAAGUCGAAAAACACCUCACUGGAUAGGUCCCGAGGUAAUGAGAGCCGUGACAAGGAGCUGAGUCCGGUGUCGGACUUUAGAUCAAACUCACUCAUGAAAAAGAAGAAGAAAGACAAAAAGAACAAGGACAACAAGAAAGAUAGAGCUACUUCUCCUCUUAGAGAGGAUGUUGUUAUACCAAAAAAGAAGAAGGAUCAAAUGAAGGCAAGAGAUAAGUUUAUGUCGUCAGUCCCUAUGAAGUCCUUGGAGAAAAGGAAUCUGGAUCAAUCACAUGACCACAGGGAAUUAGCUACAGCAUUGACGAUGGGGCAGCAACAUAAUGUAGUCCUUCAGGAAAAGCAUAAGCCUAAAACCUUUGUCGACAAAGUGAGAUUGAUGCGGCAGGUUAGACCUUCCAUGCCCCUUUCCCGUGCAGACAUGAAAGCUUGGAAGGGACAACUAUGCUCUAAAUUCCAAGUGAAGGACGUGAGACGGUUCCAGCAAAGCUAUGGCAUUCAUCUCAAAAUGGCUCAGCUGGAGCAGAACGUCUGGGCCAUGGUGGAGGAUGUUUCUGAAUCUGUCGUUAAUAUAACCGAAAAGUUUUUCCGGCCAUUAAUGAAAUUGACAGACGAUGAAAUAAAAACAUGUCUCGAAAUCCUGAAAAGCCAAGGUCUUGCAGAAUAUAAUAAGAAAGUGAAGGAAUUUUCAGACGCAUCUUUGAAAAAGAGGAAAAUUGAGGAUACCUGUGAGAUGGAAGAACAAAAUGGAAAUGAAGAUAUACUGGCUAAAAAUUUUAGGUCAUCUCAAGACAGAUGUUCUAAAUUGAGAAAUGAACUCGCCAAAGGCGAUGUCUCUAGUAACAUGCACCUCCAGAACCUUCAGGACUUGGCGGCACUGGCAAAUGCCUCCUCUAACCCAGGUCUCGUGUCUCAAGCACAUAACAUGCAGGGCCAUAGUAGGGCCACAAAUACCCCCGUCACUAAUAUGGCCACGCCCAACAUAAUGGGGAACAGUAACGGGGUUCCUUUACAUUUCGGAAACAACAGCUCUUUUGGCUUGGAAAAUAAUGGGUCAUCCGGUGAGGAUUCAAGUAAUAUUUAUUUGGCCACAAUCAUGCAAAAUAUGGGAGACUAUAGCGAAGUGGUCGGGAAUUUAGCAAAACUGGAAAAUAGCAGCAUGUCCCAAGGCGGAAUGGGAAUUAAUUCUGGUAGAAGUUUGGUGAACGGGAAUGCAGAUGUGAUGGGCAUGGGAAAUAUGGCCCUGACUGGGGCUAUGGGAAUCAAUGGCAGUUUUAAUAGUAUGCAUGACAAUGCAAUCAUGAAGAUGGAUACCGGGCAGAAUAUGGUGGCAGGAGGGGCUUCCAACCUUCACAACCAAUCAGCCUCUCUGUCCGGGUCUAACGGUUCCCUCAGUGGGUUUACAGGACUGCAGGGGCUGGGGAACAGCCUCGCCGCCACCACCAUGUCGCCUAGCCUCACCAAUGGCAACUCCGGGCUCGACGUCUUGAGUCAGGCGUACACAGGAUUUCACCAAUAUGCAGGCUCGUCAGGUUUACUCAGCCCAGCUACAGAGGCUAACAGUCCCAUGAGCUUAUCAUCCCAACCAAUGCCAGUCAACCUGAAGCUGCUCGUGUCUGUGGAUCUAACAACGACUGGAGAUGAUGAGAAGGAGCCUCUCCUCAAUGGACUGGACUUCCUGCCGGACGGGAGACUGGUAGCAGUGGAUAACCAGAACAUGAAAUGUAUCAUACUGAAUGAGCGACUACAGAGACUUGGAACACCGUACAAGUUCAAGGGUAGCCCAUUUAGCGUAGUAUGUGUGUCUCAUGAUACACUGUGUGUAACGUUUAACGAUGUAGUAUGUCUCCUGUCUGUGAGUACAGACAAUACCAUCACACUGACCAGGCAGAUCAAAACAUCAUCCUCGUUCUACUCUAUAUGCUGCAUGUCUCCAUAUAACAUGGUCGUGAGUACGUACGAUGAUCCCCGUCCUGUGAGAAUGAUAUCAGUGGACGGGGUAGAGUCAGACUUUGAUCACUUCCUGACGUUUCCUAUGAAGACUUACAAAGUAGAUGAGAGUAGGUGCACGUAUGUCCAGUCUAAGAACACGUUAGUACUGACUGACAGGUUCGCUCAUACGGUAUACAUUUACGACACCUUGAAAGGCACGUCUAGAGCAGUCACUAAUGAGAACAUACAGGAACCUCGUGGUGCCUGUGUAGGGCCUGGUGACACGGUGCUGGUGUGUAGUAAGGAUAAGAACUCCAUCGUGCACCUGACCAUCCACGGUAAAAUACUGGGUACCUAUCCAGUGGAUAUGAAGUACCCGUACAGCAUAUGUAUGUCUAAGGAUGGUACCAAGCUGGUGGUGUCUAACAACGCUAUAUGCGCCAAGAAACUUCAGUUGUAUAAGAUAUCACAGGCAAUGAGUUAGCUGACUAGUAAGAUGUAAAUGUUAUCUGUGUGAUCAGGCUUUCUACACAGUUAUUAAAUAUUGACUUUCGUGUAUUGUUUGUGUUAAAUAAACUCGGAAUACUGUUCCGAUUAAUUAAAAUUAAAUAGAGUUGUAAGAAGGUUUUAUCGUUGAAGAAUUUCAAAAGGUUUCGAACUAACUAUGUAUUGUGCUUGUAUUAUAAUGUAAUAUGUGUAUUUCUACCUACCUUCAAUAACUAUUUUAGUGUAUAUUUGAAGACAUUUAAAUAUAUUGUAUAUGUAAUUUUAUUUAAAUUCGCAUUUCAUGCAACGUAACCGGUGUGUACAGUAGUUAGGCGCGUUAAAGAUUUGUAAAUAUGUGUUAAUUUUUGAAAAUAAUAACUAUAACUGAACAUUGCUAAGCAUAUGUUUUCUUAAUGCCAUAAACAAUUUGCGUUCAUUCAAAAUAAUGCUUGUUUUUGUUAAGCCUACAUACGCAACAUGAUAUAUGUUUAUCAACAAAUUCGACUAGAUCAUGAAUUCCCAGCCUGUCACCUCUGCCUGUCAAUAGUCUAAUAGCCCCGUCACACCGAACUGACGUCCUUACGGCGACCUAAGACUGUGUUUCUGAAAAUUUCUGACUGUCGUAGUAAGGACGCCAAUGACUUUUUCGGUAUAAAUGCUGUUUUUUGCCUUCCCGUCACACCAGCGUCCUGGUUUAUGGCGUUCUGCGCGUCCUCAUGGGGUCCUUAAUCCGUCCCUGGCGACCUUACCGCGUUCGUACUGCGUUUCACGGCGACCAAAGCCGACCAUACGGCGUCUGAGCGGGGUCCUUGGCAUUCUUACUGCGUUCUUAUUGCGACCAUAGUCGUUCUGAGGACGCAAUAGACGUUCAAAGGACGUACUAAUGACGCAAUAAAGUCGCCGUACGGUCGCCUUGCAGUCAAUGAUCAUUGUCUGUGGGUUUUAGCGGCGACCACACGACGUCCAUGGCGAAUUUACAGCGACCUUACCACGUCCCUACUUCGACUACUGCGUCUCUACGGCGUCCCUACGACGUCUUUUACAGAACGCCGUAAAACGCCAGACUUCGGCGACUACUUUAAACAUGUUCAAAGUAGUCGCCGUGGGCUCGCGUCCUGUACAAUUUUCGCCAGUCUCACUUCGUCCUCUUGCUUCCUUACUGCGUUCCUCCGGUGUCUAUGACAUCCUCACUGCGACCUGGGUCGCCGUAAGGACGCAGUAAGGACGCCAGUCCGGUGUGACGGGGGUACAAGAUGCCUUGUAUCGUUCCAAUGUAGAGGAUACUUAAUAAGUCCAUUAAUUUCAGUUACUUUUGUUUGUUUUCAAAUAAAUUAUCAAAACGAUUACAUGUAUAUCAAAUUAAUUCUAUAUUAUUUUCUUAAUCUUGGCUUUGUUAUUAUUUUAUUUUAAAAUAAACCAAAAGUUGCAUUU